CGUCAGAGUGCCACAUGGCAAAGGAUAAGUCGGGGAAAGAUUCAUGUUAGGGGUAAAUUCGUCCAUGAAAUAUUAUUAGGAGUAUAAGCAGAGAGCAUAGUGGUCAAUUUUGGCCUCUAACGCAAAUUAUAUCGCAGUCCAUUAUUCGGACUCAGCUUCGGGUCGGGGCAGUCUCAAGCAUCUAGAAGCUAAGCCGAUCGAUCACCAAAAGAAAAACUCGGAGCCCUGUGAAGUAGAUCUUCAUCAGAUUCUGCAAAUUCUCAAUUCCCAAUUUCUGCACGAUCUUCGGUUGUUUUAUUUCUUUGGUGGUCAAGAGGAUAAGGAAAGCUUUUCAGCGUUAUCUCUUUAGUUUCAAUAUAUUUUGAAGCUAAGACAUGGCAGAAAAAGCAUGUGUAAAGCGCCUUCAGAAGGAAUAUAGAGCACUUUGUAAAGAACCUGUCUCCCAUAUUGUGGCCCGCCCUUCUCCAAAUGAUAUCCUUGAGUGGCAUUAUGUUUUGGAGGGGAGUGACGGAACACCAUUUGCAGGUGGAUAUUAUUAUGGGAAGAUCAAGUUUCCUCCAGAAUAUCCGUUUAAACCUCCAGGGAUCAGUAUGACUACUCCAAACGGAAGAUUCAUGACACAAAAGAAAAUCUGCUUAUCUAUGAGUGACUUCCAUCCAGAGAGCUGGAAUCCAAUGUGGUCUGUGUCAAGCAUACUCACAGGGCUGCUCUCAUUUAUGAUGGACAAUAGUCCUACCACAGGCAGUGUAUCAACAACAGUUGCUGAGAAAGAGAAACUCGCUAAGGCAUCUCUGGCUUUUAAUUGUAAAAACCCAACCUUUAGGAAAUUGUUUCCUGAGUAUGUGGAGAAGUAUGAACAGCAGCAGCUCCAAUCGCAGCCUGUUCCAGAGCAGGCAUCAUCCAUGCCAGCUGGAGCAGAAACGUCUAGACCCUUGUUGGAAGAGCAUGGAAAUUCCACAAAGGAUGAAGUGAACAGAGUGAAGCCUCUAAAUGACGUUAAAAACCAGCAGAGGAAAUCUUGUCCAACUUGGUUGUUGCUGUUGCUAGUUUCAAUUUUUGGUGUUGUAAUGGCGCUGCCUCUGCUUCAGCUUUGAUGAUUGGAAUCUUGUUUUGUGUACUAUGGCGAAGAACAGACACCCUAUAUCGCAGUGGAUAUGUAGUCAUCCCCGCGCCUGGUUCCUGAUAUUUACCUAAUUUUACAGGUUUUUGAUUUACUUAGGGGAAUGUAUAGGCAUGACUCUUUAAGUGGAGAUCUAACUGAUCUCUCAGUCUAGCUAGUGCAAGUCAGUAGAAAGAUAACAUAAUGCGCUUUUAUUUAUUGUGAAGGGCUCAGAGUUGCAGGAGGUAUCCUCUUCAUUUUC